AUGCCACCCGACUUCGUAGAGCCCCAACCAUCCGAUAUCAUUUUGCGCGGUAUCCGCGACCCUGAAAGUCCAUCUGUCCCUCAUCGUAUUAAUCCUCUAUCUCAGGAUAAUCUUAUCGGUGACUACAACGACGCCCAAGGUAAAGUUCUAUGGAAGGUCCUAAUACACGGGUGGGCCACAAUUCGAGACUGGUUGCACUCAAUCUGGCGUAGAAAGAGCAUCCUGUUCAAGAAGUCGAACAAUGCCACAUACAACUACAAUGGAUAUUAUUACACCUGCGGCGGCAGCAAGGAGUGGGACAUUGGAUUCCACUGCGGCAGCGAUGAGCUGUGGGAUAUUGGAUUCCGCCGCGACAGCGAGGAGUGGGACAGCAUUUUUCAGGUUUAUUAG